CCUUGAAUCGAUGCUUAAAAAAAGUGUACAAAUUCCUACACACAUUCGAAGGACUGUCCAAAGCUUCACCAUGAAGGCUUCAGUGGCUUUAUGUGUAACAUUAUGCAUUCUUUAUCAGGUUGCCGGAAAGAGCAUAAAGGACCAUAUACAAGGGUCAAGAAGAGAGGUGCGGGAAAUUAAUGAGCCUGCAUCAAUCGAUUGCAAAAUGAGCGCCUGGUCCCAGUGGACGUCCUGCGACCCGUGCACUAAUAUGACGCAUCGCUCUAGAGGUAUUGAGGACUUCGGGCAGUUUAAAGGCUCUAGGUGCGUAUACCCAAUUGGAGAGAGAAAACCCUGCAAACCUUCUACCAAAUGCCAGAUGGACCCUCCACCUGUCUGCAAGAGCUCCCAAUGGAAGUGCGAGUCAGGAAUAUGCAUAAGCAAAAACCUGAGGUGUAACGGGGAUUACGACUGUGGAGAGCCUGAUACGUCUGAUGAAGAUGAUUGUGAAACUAUCAGGAAACCUUGCGGCCAGACAGCGGUAUUUGAGUCCGAUAUAGCCAUCCAAGCUGGAUAUGGAAUAAAUAUUCUGGGAUCUGGACCUCGAAUGAAUGCUUUCAAUAACAAGUUCUAUAACGGCCAAUGUAACCGGAUCAGAGAACCAACCACGCUGGAAUAUAACAGACUGCCCUGGAAUGUUGGAGUUCUCAGCUAUGAGACAAAAGUGGAAGAGAGCAGCUCUAAGGAGAUGUAUGAGGACGUGCACUCUUUAAUAAAGGAGAUAACUACGGAAACCUCCUUAUCUGUUGAUGUAGGCUUAAACUUCAAGUUUACACCUACUGAGCCCUCCAGUUCUGGCUCAGGCGAUGAGGCUGGCAGCGCUGGUGGAGGUGGUGAAGUUGCUGGCCCCAGUGAUGGUGGUGUAGCUGAAGGUCCCGGUGAAGGUGGUGCAGCUGAAGGUCCCGGUGAUGGUGGUGUAGCUGAAGGUCCCGGUGAUGGUGGUGAAGCUCUAGGUCCUGACGUUUCUGGUACAGACCAAAAUACUGGUGCUGGCUUAGGUUUUAGUGCAUCAGUAGGAUUUGACACUAAGACAACAACAACAAAUAUCAUCAAACAGCUGUCAGAAAUCACAACAACCAAGAGAAAGACCUUCAUGAGAGUGAAAGGCAGAGUGGAGCUGGCAACCUACAGGAUGAGACAGCGAGGGCUGGAGGUGUCCUCAACGUUCCUGGAUGACGUGGAUGCCCUGCCACUUACAUAUGAGAAGGGCCAGUAUUUCGCAUUCUUAGAGGACUAUGGAACACACUACACCAAGAACGGAAAGUCUGGUGGAGAAUACGAAUUUGUUUAUAUAAUGAAUGAGGAUGUCCUCAAACUAAAAAAGGUCACAGAUUCGACGGUCAAGAAUUGUCUAGAGCUUGGAUUUAGGGGUGACUUCCAAUUAACCGAAGCAAUAAAAGGAGGAGGACACUUCAAACCUAAAAACGACUGUGACGCACUAACAGAGAAACCCACAAGUGACAGGACCACGACUGGGGCUAUCGAUAAAGUGCUGAUCGCAGUGAGGGGAGGCACUCCGGCUUCAGCAGUAGCCAUGAAGUCUCAGCUCACUAAAGAUGGCAUCCUAGACUAUAAUCAGUAUGUGGAAUGGGCGAAGACAGUCUCUGCUCUGCCGGCUCUAAUUCACAGUGAUCCUGAACCCAUCUACAACGCCAUCCCUUUGGAUUUCCCUGACGCACAGCCGAGACGGGAAAAUCUGAAAAGAGCCCUGGAUGAUUAUGUGGCCGAGUACAGCGUGUGUAAGUGCCAGCCGUGCCAGAACGGUGGCACCGUGGUCCAGAUUGACGGGGAGUGCAAAUGCAUGUGCCCAACAGGAACCGAAGGCGUUGCGUGUCAGAUCAUUGAGAAAGAACUAGUGAAAGCUAAGUCUUUUGAACAACUGGGGAACUGGGGCUGCUGGUCUUCUUGGUCGCUCUGCUCCGGGAGGGUUCGCAGACGGACGCGCACGUGCAAUACUCACGGUGUACCAGGGGGAAUCUGCAGAGGAGACACGACUCGUGAAGAUUACUGCUAAUAUCAAAUGCACAAACAGUCAUGAUAUAUUAAAAGUUCUGGGUACAAAAUAAAACACUUAAUUGUU